GGUGGGAGCGUCACUUCCAGGCGCUCCGCGUGGACCGGCUUGGAAGGCUCCCUGCAGCAUGGCGGUGUUAGCCGGCCCCUCCGAGCCGAGCCUGGCGCUGAACCCGCUGGAAGACUCCAAGUUUCAGGAGCAGCUGACGCAGAUCCAGCAGCGCGCGAAAAAGCAGAAGAAGGGAGAAAAUCUUAAGCCUGGAGUCAUCUUUCUGGGCCACCUGCCAUCAACACUUAGCGAAAGCCACAUCUAUGACUACUUUACCCAGUUUGGUACUAUUAACAGAUUUAGACUGUCCAGGAGUAAACGGACUGGAAACAGCAGAGGGUAUGCCUUUGUGGAGUUUGAGUCUGAGGAUGUUGCCAAGAUAGUUGCAGAAACAAUGGACAACUACCUUUUUGGUGAAAGACUUCUAUCGUGUAAAUUUCUGCCACCAGAAAAAGUCCAUAAAGAACUUUUUAAACAGUGGAAUGUUCCAUUUCAACAGCCAUCAUUUCCAGCAGUGAAACGCUAUAAUCAGAAACGGGGACAUUUGGAAAUGUUAAAGAUGGAAUGUCGGUUUAAGAAGAAGGAAAAAUUACUCCGGAAGAAGCUAGCUAAGAAGGGGAUUGAUUAUAGUUUCCCUUCAUUGGUCUUACCUAAACCGAAGAAGGGGACUUCAAAGGACACCCUUAGCACUCCUAAGAAUGCUGAAGAUUCCAAGGUUACCCAGGUUUCACCUACUCCAAGAGAAAGACUUUCAGGUGUACCUAGGAGAAAGGAGAAGAAGAUGAGGAGGAGAAUUGCAGAAAGCAUUCGUAGGAGGUCUAAGAAUUCUAAGAAGUCUGUGGACAGCGAGGGUCCCACACCAAUUUGUACACCAACAUUUUUGGAGAGACGAAAAUCACAGGUGACCGAAAUCAAUGAUGAUAAAGAUAAUGAAAUCAUUUUCAAACAGCCUGUGUCCACAGUGAACGACGAGGGGCAAAAGACUCCAACACCUGCACGCUCUGGGAAAAAAAGACCAAGAAAGAGGAAGAGCAACCAGUGAUCCUGAAAGCUCUCUGUGUGUACAUCUUCUAGGCAGAUGGGAUUUUGUUAUAAAGGCCUGCUAUAUUUUACUAGGUGCAGUGAUGUGUAAGCCACUGAUGAGACUGUCUGUGCCAGUGAGGAAAACCCUCAGGGACUUGGCUGUUUUGCCCUCUCCUGUCCUGAUUUGUGUUCAGGCUUCACAGCUCCCAUAGUUUGCUCGGCCUGUAUCACAUUACAGGCUUAACUACCACCAGCAGCCUUGUGGCCCCACCAGUGCUGUUUGACGGUCUGUGUGGUGUUUGUGCACAUAAACCCAAAAGAGUAUGUCGGGCUUCAUCCUCAGACCUCUGAAACUGGAAGUUAAAUACAUGUAAGGAGGGGAGAAGGCAGUCCCAAGUGUGACGACAGAUUUACACAAGUGCUGUGAGGAUCUGGAAUCACUUGUUUUCACCAUAAUUAAUUACAGGUGAGCUCGUGAAGGUCCGAUAGAUCAGUUUCAGCAGUUACAUUCAAGAUUCAAACAGUGACCAAACUUUUCUACAAUUGACCUGUGUACAAGAGAACCUAAGAACUUUGGGAGAGGGGGGAUUUGUUCAUCACCUGUUUUUGUUUCUCUGCCCCUUCUGUGCUUUUGUGUUGCCAGUGCAGGUUUGUUGAAUAUACCUGUCAAUCACC